AUGAGUCUUCGCGAGAGCCUGCUUGCGAAGCCGGUCAAAGGCGAUCUCUGUUGGACGUACAUCUUCUACGCCAACGUCUUCAUCGGCUGCGUGCAAUUUUCGAUCGUGCUGCCCUCACUGUGGAUCUACCUUGAGGGGAUGGGGAGUACAAAGGCAUUCUACGCCGCUGUCGUCUCGGCCUUCUCUGUCGGAGAGGCAGUUGGUGCAAUAUUGCUGGGUGCCGUGUCGAGCUUCGCGGGCGUCAAACCUACCCUCCUCUUCUGCUGCUCGCUCGGCGCUGCCGGCGCCGCCGCUUAUGCCCUUGCGGAGGCUGCCUCAAAUGUAUCCCCGGGGGCUGGUCCUUGGGUCGCGCUGUUCGGCCGCCUCGCUCAGGGCAUCGCAGCAGGCGGGCGACAGGCCGUUCAGCAGGCCUACCUCGCGCGGGCGGCGCCACCAGAACAGCAGACGGGGCUGACGGCGAUGAUGACGACAUUCGCCUGCCUCGGCUUCAUCUUUGGUCCGGCCUUUGGCGCCGCUGUUGGCGUCAUCCAACCGCUCGCCGGCACAGAUGCUAAAUUCACGCGCGCGCGGUUCGCGAUCGGCGUGCUCACAUUCGACUCGCUCACGCUUUCCGGCUGGUUCAACUCGCUGGCGGACCUCUUCAGCCUGAGCCUACUCGCCUGCUGCUUCCGCGAGAUCGGGCCGUGGGGCCAGCACGGCGCUACACCCAGCGCCGCUGCGGAGAGUGGCGCAAAAGGCGGUGGCUCUCAGGCGCAGACGACUGGCGUGUGGGCGUGCAUCAUCUUCUUCUUUAUCCACUUCAACGGCUUUGCCGUCCAGGAGACUAUCACGACGCCGCUCGUGGCGGACUGGUUUGGCUGGGACAAGACGGCGGCAAACGAGCUGUUCAUCGCGUCGGGCGUCGCAAACCUCCUCUGCGCCGCCGUCAUGACGGCACUGUCGACGCCGCGCGAGCAGCCCGACGGGACCAUGCGCCAGCGCGUCUCGGACCAGGCAGCGGACUCACUCCUUGCGCACCCGCGGGAGGCGAAGCCGGGCUGA